GCACCAAAAAGUUAUAACGUAACUGGGCUCUCGGUCUUCGACAUAUACAAAGUACGUGUCUUGGAGGAGUAAAAAAACAGCAAAGGAUCUCCAUUGAUUUGACGCAGCGAUGAAGGUCCUAGGAAUCGAUUUCAGCUGCGCCUUGGGGGCCCUCGGCGACGGCCACUUCCCCGACAAAGAUUGCUUGCUGCCCCUUAUUUCCAAGCUCCUCGGCUACGCCAUCGUCGCCGCUUCCACCACCGUCAAACUCCCUCAGAUAAUAAAAAUUUUGCAACAUGGAAGUGUCAGAGGUCUUAGUAUUAUCUCUUUUGAGCUUGAAGUAGUUGGUUACACCAUUGCUCUGGCGUAUUGCCUUCAUAAAGGGCUGCCGUUCUCUGCUUAUGGGGAAUUGGCCUUUCUUUUGAUCCAAGCUCUCAUAUUGAUUGCCAUUAUCUAUUAUUACUCCCGACCUAUGAGUACCAGAACAAUGAUCACAGCGUUACUAUAUUGUGCUGUAGCACCAACCAUAUUAGCUGGCCAGAUUGAUCCUGUUCUCUUUGAGGCUCUAUAUGCAUCCCAGCAUGCAAUCUUUCUCAGUGCCAAGAUCCCACAGAUAUGGGCGAACUUCUCUAAUAAAAGUACAGGGCAGCUGAGCUUCUUAACGAACUUAAUGAAUUUUGCAGGUUCCAUGGUGAGAGUUUUCACCAGCAUCCAAGAACAAGCACCGAAAAGUGUUCUGUUGGGCUCUGUGAUUGGCAUCGCAACGAAUUUUACCCUCCUUAGUCAGAUACUGAUGUACCAAAAGCAAAAGCCGCGUGCUGGGAAGGGAAAGAAAACGGAGUAGAAAACUGAAGCCGAGAUAUGGGUAGGUUUGCUUCGGUUAAAGAUACCAACAGUUCCAGCAAGGAAGUCAGCGAAACACUGCAAUUGUGCUCAAGGAAGGAAAUGAGCAAUCAUCGUCCAAUUCGUAAUAUAUAUUUUUACAGGGUGUUAGCCAUUAGUUUGUAGAAAGGAGACGACGUUAUCCAUCAAACUGUUAGUAUUCUUUUUUUUUUCUUUUUCUUUAUGCUAAACUUUGAGAUUAACAUGAAAUUAUGGCAGAUUGUCCUUUUCUUUUUUACAA